AUGAGUGCUAAAAAUAUCGUUUCUUUUCGACUUAUUAUUCCGUUAUUGGGCGAAAAACCUGAUUUUUACACAGAAGGAAGCGUAAAAUAUUUACUUUUUCAGCCUCUGAGAAAAAAUGAUUAUCUCAUCAUAAUUGGCAACCGAGCACCGAUUUUAAUUGUCCCGGACAAUAACCCUCAAUUGAUUAAGCAAAUUAGGAACCGCAAAAAUGACGACUUUUUUUCUACUCCACUCAGCAAUUUAAAGUUUAAGCCAAAUUUCAUAAAUAUUGCGGAGGGAUUAUCAAAAAAUCCUUGGUAUCUAGAUGGUUUGUUAGUGAAAGACACGAACCAACUGGAAAAAACAGAAGGAGAAAUAGAUACUCCUAUCACUUUUAAAGUUAUUAGUCAGCACAAAAUAGACAUAAGAAAAAACGGAGAUUAUAAACAUUUGCUAAAAAUUGAACCGCUUGACCUCGGAAUAGAAGGAAUGCCGCCAAUUACUCAACUCCUUUUUUGUUUUUUUGAGCCUCAUGGUGGAGCAAUAUCAGAAGCCAAAGAAUUAAAAGAAAGCAAAUUCUAUAAUAGCAAUAUUUUAACAGAGACAGCAGGAAAAACUUUUACCAUGAAUAUUAAAGAUUUUCAAGAAAUAAAAGAACAAAACCCUGCUGAGAAUAAAACCAAGCAGGAAAAGAAAACAAUGAGGCAAGGCAAAGGACUUUCAACUAACGCUAAAAUAGGAAUAGCAGCAGUUUUAGUCAUUUUGCGCAGUUCGGUCGAAACUAAGAAGGCUAUUAGUGCAAUAAACAAACAAAAAACUAGACACAGUAUAAAACUUCCUAUUCAACUUUUUAGCAUUAUAGCAAACCACCGCGAAAUUGCUAAAGACUUGGAUUUGUAUGCUCUCGAUGAAAAAACUGAAGUAAUUACCCCUGUCCUCGGAAAUAAAGAAUUAUACCAAAUUAGCGGUCAUUUAUCACAUUAUCAAGGUUACAUGUUCCCAGAGGUCAGCCGUAAUAAUGAAACUUAUUAUCUGCGUCCUAUGACUUGUCCUCACCAUUGCUUGAUUUAUCAGCAAAGACCACGUUCUUACCGAGAAUUACCUUUCCGUUUAUGUGAAAAUUCACUUUUAUUUCGUUAUGAGACUUCAGGAGCGUUGAAAGGAUUAGAACGUCCUCGUUGGUUCGAAUUAGCCGACCACCAUACCUUUGUAAAUAUUGAAAACUUAAAAGAAGAAUUAAAAAGAAAUUAUCAUUUUAUCAAAACUAUACUAGAUAACUUAAAUUUUACUAUCGAAAGGCUAAUUUUCCAAAAAGGAGAAGCAGCCUUUUAUGGUCCAAAAUUAGAUUUAGAAGUAAAAGCCGCUGACGGCAAAUAUAUUACUAUUGCUACUAUUCAAUUAGAUUUUCUUUUACCGCAAAAAUUUAAUUUACAGUAUAUAGACAAAGAACAAAAAUUACAAACUCCCAUCAUCAUCCAUCAAAGCCCGAUUGUUAUUCUACCUUUAAACGACCAAAAAGAAAUAACCGAAUUCAGUGAAAACUUACAAAAAAAACUAUUGUCUAACCAUUUCCGUAGUGAAAUUUGGCAAGAAAAAACUUUAAAUUAUCGCAUUAAGCAAACUUAUAAAAAAAAAAUACCUUAUUAUCUAGUAAUUGGCUCACAAGAAAUAAAAACCAAGGAACUGAAAUUGGUCUAUACUUAUUCUCUAAACACAACAAGUAAAUUAACUGAAAAUGAAUUAUUAGAAAAACCAAUUACGCUUGAUACCUCUUUACGAUUAAGUGCUUAUUUUGAUACUUCUCCGGAACUCUGGUUAGAUUUACAAAGAGAUUAUGAAUUGGAAUGCUUAGCCGACCAAAAAGUAGUGACAAAAAUUCGUCGGGAAAUUCAACCUUGGCAGGAGAGGAGUUAG